AUGCAGGCUUUGUACAACCAAAGCCUCGUUGAAACCACCCCCCAUGCAACACUCCUACCCUUCCCUGUUCUUCUUCUCCUCUUCCCCCUCCUCCUCCUCCUACCUUUGUAUUACCAGCGGUUCCGCCACCACCCUCGUCGUCUUGGCAACCUACCAACCCCUCGCCGCUUACCAAUCAUAGGCCACCUUCACCUCCUCUCCUCCCUUCCACAUCAAUCAUUUUACCGCCUUUCACAGCGCCUCGGUCCCAUCUUCUCCCUCAACCUCGGCUCCAUACCUUGCAUAAUCGCUUGUUCUGCUUCGGCGGCACGCGAGUUUCUCAAGACGCAUGACUCUUCGUUCCCCAACAGACCCUUCACCAAGGCUGUCUCCAUUCUAACAUAUGGCUCCUCUAACUUCUCCUUCGCUCCUUAUGGAAGCUUUUGGCGCUUCACAAAGCGUCUCUAUAUGCUGGAGCUCUUUAGCAGUAGAACACUCGAGCAAUUCCGCCCGAUUCGUCGAGAGGAGCUGAGAGAAAUGCUCGAGGAGUUUCAUCGAAAAUCCAGGGAAGGUGAGAUUGUGGACAUAGGCGCGGAGAUGACGAGGAUGACUAACAAUGUAACCAGCCGCAUGGCAGUGAGCCGACGUUGCUCUGGGACGAAUGCGGAGGCAACAAGGUUGGUGAUGGAGACGACGGAGUUGUUAGGGAAGUUUAACGUUGCGGAUUAUUUAUGGUUUUGUAGGAAUUUGGAUUUGCAAGGGUUUGAUAAGAGGUUGCAGGACCUGCACCGGAGGUUUGAUGGGUUGAUGGAGAGAAUUAUGGUGGAGAAGGAGGAGGAGAGGAGGAAGAGAAGAUUGGCUAAUCAGAAGGACGGGGAAAACUUCAAAGUGGUAAAGGACUUGCUUGAUAUAUUGAUGGAUAUAUCUGAGGAUGAAGGAGCUGAGAUUAAGCUCACAAGGAACAACGUUAAAGCUUUCAUUCGGGACAUCUUCACCGGGGGCACGGACAACACAUCAUUGACGGUGCAAUGGGCGAUGGCCGAACUCAUCAAUAACCCAACAUAUAUGGAAAAAGCUAGAGCCGAACUCGAUACCGUUAUUGGAAAUCAUCGAUUAGUGCAUGAGACUGAUAUUCCCAAUCUCCCUUACCUAAAAGCCAUAGUAAUGGAAACACUUCGUCUCCACCCGCCAACCCCUCUAAUACCUCGUGAGUCAGAUAAAGAUUGCACGGUUGAUGGUUUCAACAUCCCGGCUAAGACUAGGCUCUUCAUCAAUGUUUGGGCCAUUGGUCGUGAGGCUAAACAUUGGACAGACUCUCUCAAAUUCAUGCCAGAGAGAUUUAUGGAUCAUGAGGAGAACAUUGAUAUAAGGGGGCAACAUUUCCAUCUGAUACCAUUUGGGAGUGGAAGAAGGGGAUGCCCCGGAAUAACAGCAGCACUUCAAGUUGUCUAUUGUGCCCUUGCGUCAUUAAUACAGUGCUUCGAGUGGAAGGCUGCUGGAGGUGGCAAGAGAGUGGACAUGACAGAAUCACCUGGAUUGACAUUGAGGAGGGCUACACCUUUGUUGUGCAUCCCGGUGGCUCGUCACACGAAUUUGUUACUGAUGUCAUGA